CCAUUUGGCAAAUUUGAUUUGGAACUGUAAAAUGUUUAAAGGCUGGGUUUCGUCAACGACAUAAGGAGUUGAAAUUUUCAGAAAGCGAAGGGGGACUUUUCAUCUUCAAAUCUUCAAAUCCUGUAGCUUCUCCCUGAUUCUUUCAGCGCCAACCUCCCUGACUUGAUAUCUUGAAUUUCUUACUCUUCCUCCCUGUCAUAUUUCAUCCAAAUUUCGAUUUUGUUUAAUUUCAUAUAAGUGUUGAUUACAAAUGGGUUUGUGAAGUAGGUGUACGGGGUUCAAAAAAUUUCAGUUUCCACGUUUCUCUGGCGGUAUCGAUCCUGAGCUGGACAUCGUGAACGCCGGGGGACUGUGAAACGUGAAGCUCAUUCACACUGUCUGUCACUUCACUCCUUCUUCAAAUUGCUCUUGAAGCCAUAGCCAGAUCCCAUUCCUCCGGGAUUCCCUUUUGAUUGGGUUACGCUCUUACUGGCAUGAAAUGAAACCUUCUACUGGUGAUGAGCUUGAUUUGGAAAAAGGGAAGUCGGAUAAGGAAAGAGACAAAGUUCAGCGAAAUGCUAGGUCAGUUAGAGUCCCCAAUCAAGCCCUCCUGUCUGGCCUUGCAUAUUGCCUGUCCUCCUGCAGCAUGAUAUUGAUCAACAAGUUUGUACUCUCUAGUUAUGAUUUUAAUGCUGGAAUAUCCUUGAUGUUAUACCAGAAUUUCAUUUCAGUGACUGUAGUGUCUAUGUUAAGCCUUCUGGGCUUAAUAUCACCAGAGCCAUUAACAUGGAAAUUGAUUAAGGUCUGGCUGCCUGUGAACGUUAUAUUUGUCGGGAUGCUCAUUACUAGCAUGUUUAGUUUGAAAUACAUCAAUGUAGCUAUGGUGACGAUCGAAAAAUGUCACUAAUGUCUGAAAAAUGUCACUAAUGUCAUAACAGCCCUUGGCGAGAUGUAUUUAUUCAAGAAGCAUCAUGACAGCAGGAUCAUUUCUGCAAUAUCCGGUGGGGUUACUGAUCUCUCUUUUCAUGCAUUGGUUAUGCUUGGCAGACAGUUAACUGUUUCUUAACUGCAUCAUAUUCUGUAAGUAUAGCUGACUUUGAACCUGAAGCUCUGUUGAUCUAUUAAGUCUCCUGAUUUUAGUUUUCACCCUUUCCAUUGGUGUCAGGAUGAUUACUUACUGAACUUUCUAUCAGCCUAGUAGUAAUGUGCAGCUUCAUUAAAUUUCUUAAGUUUGCUUGUUCUGUUUGCGAUGCUGCGUUCCAUAUAUAAUUCAUUGAAUCAGGGCAAAAGAACCAGUGAGUCCAAUAUGAUUGCCCAUUACUUUUACAUAAAUUCACCCAUGUCUUUGUCUCG